AGUAUUCGCAUCGAAGCAGUUUUUGAACUUGAGGAUUACAUCCAAGCAAACAUGUACAUAGACAUAAUUAAAUUGUUAAACUGUCAAUUAUCGUCUUGAUAUUCAUUUUUACGGUGAUAUCAUUAGCGAAGAUACAGGAGUACGAAACAUCUUGGACUAAAUAGAGAAUGAAACAGUUAAAUUAAAGCAGACAUUUAAUGGUAACACGAACAUCACUGAAGAAAUAAUGGAUGCAUUCACUGGAUUUAUUCAUAACUUGAGGAUUCGUGUUGGUAACAAAACAACGGUCCCCUACAGAACAACAAAUCUCUUAUUCCGACUCAGCAGAUGAUGCAGCAGUGCAUCAAGAAAAUAUCUGCAAUACUCCUUUGGAUUUAGUCAGCCCGGAAGUAAAUGACUAUAAAAGACUUUCUAAGGAUGGAAAGUAGGAGAAGAUGUCAAAAUUAAGAUGCUGCAGGCAAACGAUUUAAAACGUGUUCAAGGAGAUGAAAAUGCCUCUGAAAGUCUCUGUCAGAAAACGAGCAAAUUUGGUGUUGGAACUCAAGGGGCCUUUCGAGUUGCAUGGUCAGAUAUGCCUGAAGUUAUAGAAAGCACUUGCCUUCAGCGCCUAACUCGACAUGAAAUUCAGUUACAAGAAGCUAUGUUUGAAGUAAUUACAUCAGAAGCAUCAUACUAUCAAAGUUUAAAUGUUUUAGUCAAUCAUUUUUAUCAUGCACCCGAAUUCGAAUGUGAACCACUGAACCAUACAUCUGUUCAAACAAAUCAAGUGCCUAAUAAAGUGUGCAAAGAUCCUGGUUCACCUAUGUCGUGUGGUGUAGGACAACAGGACUUCAUCAGUUUCAGCAGUCAAACAACCACUGAUCCGAAUGCAGCAUCAGCAACAACUGGAACAGUUACAAACAACGCCAGCAGCAAUACUGCUAACAACACUACUGCUAAUAGUAAUAAUGCUGAUUCUUCAGACUUCUGUUUAGAUACUGGUAAUCAAACACCUGCAUGCAAUACACGACGCCCGUUACUUAAACCACUGGAAAAACACCAUCUGUUUUCAAAUGUACUGCUUGUAUGUUUAGCCAGUGAAAUGUUUUUACGUGACCUUGAGGCUAGAUGGGAAUCUAGAAUGCCAAUUUUAAAUGAAGUCUGCGACUUAAUUGUCAAGCAUGCCGGCGGUGUAAACUUUGAACCAUACAUCACUUAUCUUCGGAAUCAAACUUAUCAAAUGGCUACUCUAAGAAAAUUAUGCAAACGUGAUAGCUUUCGUGCUGCAUUAGAAAAUCUACAUGCACAUCCUAGAAGUGGAAAAAAUUUGAUAACUUCCUUCUUAGCUCUUCCUAUGCAACGUUUAACACGCUUAAAAUUAUUAGUUGAAGUUAUUCGUCGACUACAGGAUGCAGUUAUUCGAGAUUCUAUGGACAAAACUUUAGAAAAACGUCCUUUUCGUGUACCAAGUGAUAGGGAACGUGAAAAUGUACAACUGGCACUCCGAGAAUUAAAUCGACUUUUAACCGCAAGUGAAACGGAGAAAGAAUUAAUGGAUAGAAAAUCGCGGCUCCUAACUUUAUCUUCUUCUCUUGAAUUUCCAGAUAAUGUUAAACGGAUAGCGAUCAGUGAUAAACGCCUCAUUAAAGAAGGUGAACUGCGUGAAAACUUUUCAGAUAGUGUACGAUUAUCGGUGUUACAAAAAUUGGCUAUUCGUAAACCAAAUUUAUUCUAUUUAAUCUUGUUCAAUGAUUUGUUAUUGGUUACACGAAAGAAGAAAAAUGAACGUUUUCUUGUUUUGGAUUAUUGUGACCGUGCUUCAGUUCAAGCAUUUGUACAACGUAAUGGUGAUCUGAUCGGCACUAGUACAAAUUUACUGAAAAAUCCGAAAAAUUCCAUUUCUGCUGAACCUUUAUGUAUUAUAGAACCCUGUACCGACGAUAUACAGUUGAAUACGCAGAAAACAAAGCGUUUCCUUUCACCAGACUCAGAAGACACUUCUAAAAACUUGAAGUGCACAGCUAAGGACAAGCGUCAUAGGCGUCAUAAAACCACAAAUGAUUUCGACGACCUAAUAACGCCGAAAACUAGUGAUAGUAAUAAUGACAACAAUAAUGGUGUUCGAACAGAACCGAGUAGAGUUCAAAGUUAUGUCGAAACAAGUAAGAAUGUAGAAACUAGUAAAGUGAGUAAUACUGAUGGAAUUCCUACCUCUAUUACACCUGCCACUACCAGUAAUAACUUGACUGGUCUUCCUAGUGCUACUACCACCACCACUGCUGCUACUUCAGUUACCACUACUCCCACCACAGUCUUCAUGAGUAGUGCUACCUCAACGAAAAAAAUCAAUCUAUCCCGAUCCGGUAGUAGUCUGAGCGGUUAUCAUUUACGCUUUAAUCAUGAACGAAUAAGAAAUAUCAAAUCAAAUAUAUUCAGUACACCACAGUCAAAUAUGAAUGCCUUAGUGAACUGUAAAACUGGUACAAUACACCUGAAAUUGCUUGGAAGUCAUAAUGGAACUUGUUCGGAAUUGGUUCUUCUACCAAAGGAUGAUCGAGAGUUCGAAAGUUGGUGUAAAGCUUUCUCCCUGUCCCUUGAUAGUCCAUACUAAACAAUGUCAAUACUCUAGUGAAAUACAUCAAAUUCAACACUAUUUGGACGGUUGGAUGGAUUUAAAUUGAAUAUAUUUGAUUCGCUUGUAAAAACAACCAAAAGUUUUAAAUUUCAACUGAAAAUUACAUUUUGUGCGACUUUUACAAAUACAUCAUUUUACGUAUUAGAAAUUUUUCAUAAAAAGCAUAUUCAGUCUAUGAGAGAAUGCACAAGCUUAUACAAAAAUGAUACGCAUGAAUACCAAUGACAAAGUAGGACAAAGAAAAUUAAAGUGUUUAUUUUACAUAAUUUGUAUUAAACCAUCAAAAUUAUUUGUACACCUGAUAAAAUUAAUUUAUUAUGAGUAUUAUUCACAUCCUUUGACACAUCUGUAACACCUUUAUUUAAACCAGUAAUUAGGAAAUUUUUAGAAAGUCGUAAUUAAGCCCCAUCUUUACAUAAAAUUACCUACUUUUGUAAUCAUUUGUGAAUGUAUUAAGCGUGAAGAAUUUCUUCUACUAUCCUCUUUUCUUCAAAGUACCUAAUGGAACCAAUUGUGUAUAGACUGUUUAUUUGUCUGUUUCUAAGAUCUACGAUGAUAUAGUUUUCAAUCUAUUUCUCCUUGAGAAAAUGAAGAAAAAACGUCAAGAAACACUUCAUAUAAUUUAUCCUAAAAUAUAAGCAGAUUAUACGGUGCCAAAUAUAAUCAGUUUUUCCCUGACGGUAUAUACUUUUAUGCAUGAUAUGGAGUCAAUUGUUUUACUAGACUAACGUGUUACGACGAAGUUACUUAAGCGCUUAUACGAUUCUCACUUUGAUGCUUACACAGUUUACAAAACAAUGCGAGCGCCACCUCAGCGUUUUUUUAACCAGCACCAGUUUUUCGCGACAAGAUUUUUCUGCUGUCGACAGUUUGAUUCAAAACCUUUAGUAUCUGGGAAUCAGUCAGUCUUUGUGCAUGCAUCUGUGCUUAAAGAUAGCUUUUUUAUGAAAAUAACAGUUUUAAUUUCAUUAAGUUGUACUGUUUCUGUGCAUUUAUGUAUGAUGGUAAAGAGUUUUGUUCAAAUAAUAACCUCCCUCUCUUUUUGACUACUGUGUUUACUACUCUUAUAAUUAUUAUGUAAACAGAUGAAUAUGCAAGACAAAAAUAAUCUUAUCAUAGUUUUAAACAUUGGGUUUGUCUUCUCAACUAAAUUUUUUAAAUUCUGAGUGUUGGUUGUUUGACAACUCUUCAGUAUCUGUACUUUUUGUAAUUUUUUUCGCUCCCUUCAUAAUACCAUUACAGUUAUUUAUUUGUGUACUAAAAACCAAACAAAUACAGUUUAAAUGAAAUAACUUAUCAGUC